CAACCAAAACGGGACUUUCUCCAAACGCUCGGAGGUCCCUGCACCCGCAACCCCCGAAACACCUUCCGGGUCUGCAACGGUUAAUUCCUGUUUCGCUGUGGUCUUGCUUCACUCCUCUCGAUUUUCGACACUCCCGUCGACCCAUCUUCGUUCCUCCACCACUACCUAGCUCCCGCUGCUAAGUCGUCGCCCAAAAUACGACUGCCGCUUCUUGCAACACACCGUUUAGCCCGGGGGAUUGCGUUUCGGUGUUCUCGAGAGCCCAGGGAGCUCCUAAACCAAAAAAAUAAAAAUCCAAAAUGUCGGCCAACGAUUACUACCAACAAAAACCGCUACCCGAUGCGGCCGGCCCGGGAUACGACAGCGGCCGGCCAGCACCAUCCUCCUCUUCAGUCUACUCUACACCCGCGCCUCCCUACAGCGCGCAACCGUACCUCGCUCCCGGAAACCGCCCGGCGCAAGGCGCAUCUCCUUCGCCCUUCGAGACCGUCUUUGACGAUCAUGUGUAUCCCGCGAGCACACACCAGCCCACUCCGACCUCGAGCAUGCACCGAUUGAGCCACCAAGACACCGGGUACCACGGCCACUCGCCCGUCUCGCCCGACGACAUGUACAAUCGCCCCUCCGAUAGCAUCCCCCUCCAAGACCACGCCCAGCGCGUGCCGUCCAAGGACCCGGAGAUGCAGGACCACGUUUACGACGCGUCGCAGUCCCAGCCCAAGGCUCGCAAAGGGCGCGUGCGGUUUGGCGAACUCGGGAUGCUGGGUUCUGGCCGUAAGAAGAUACCGUUCGUUGUCUACUUUUUGACCGUCGUCCAGGUGGCCGUCUUCAUCGGCGAGAUCGUCAAGAACUCUACAACAACCGGCUCCCCCAUCAUGACUCAACCAUCCUUCAACCCCAUGAUCGGCCCGUCCCCCUACAUCCUCAUCAACAUGGGCGCCCGCUUCACCCCCUGCAUGCACGACGUGGAGGGCGUUCAGAACGCCAAUGAGACGCUGCCCUGGCCGUGCCCGAGCAGUACCACCCUCGACGAUAAGUUGCCCGAGAACCAAUGCACCCUCUACGAGCUCUGCGGCUUUGGCGCCGUUGAUCCCACCAACGAAGACGGCACCAAAGUCCCCAACCCACCCGCCCCCAACCAGUGGUUCCGUUUUAUCGUCCCCAUCUUCAUGCACGCAGGGCUCAUCCACAUCGCCUUCAACAUGCUCCUGCAGCUCACCCUCGGCCGCGACAUGGAGAAGUCGAUCGGCUCCAUCCGCUUCUUCCUGGUCUACAUGUCGGCCGGCAUCUUCGGCUUCGUUAUGGGCGGCAACUUCGCCGGCGCCGCCAUCGCUUCCACCGGCGCGUCGGGCUCCCUCUUCGGCGUCAUCGCCCUCACCCUGCUCGACCUGCUCUACUCGUGGAAGGACCGCGUCAACCCGGUCAAGGACCUGAUCUUCAUCCUCAUCGACAUCGUCAUCUCCUUCGUCCUCGGCCUGCUUCCCGGGCUCGACAACUUCUCCCACAUCGGCGGCUUCCUCAUGGGGCUCGGCCUCGGCCUGUGCCUGCUGCACUCGCCCAACUCGCUCAGGCGCCGCAUCGGCGACGACGUGCCCUACGCCAGCUCCCACGUCAGUGGCGGGUCCGCCGCGGCGGGCUCCCCGCCGUCCUUUGUCAAGAACCCCAUCGGCUUCUUCAAGGGCCGCCGCCCGCUGUGGUGGGCCUGGUGGCUGAUCCGAGCGGGCGCCCUGGUGCUCGUGACCGUCGUGUUCAUCCUACUCCUGAACAACUUUUAUGUCGACCGCGCGACGUGUGAUUGGUGCAGGUAUCUCAGUUGUUUGCCUGUCAGCGAUUGGUGCGAGAUUGGGAACUUGCAGUUCUAAAUCUCUCCGAGGCAUGGCGCGCGCGCGCCGGGUCUUAUCAAAAACUUCCAUGCCAACAUGGCAGUGUGGAGGCCACCGCUCCAUCUCGAUCUACUCCUUACUUCGCGCUGAGUUGGUCUUGGUUUGAAGUUGGGUUGGGAGGUGUGGUUCAGGGCGGAUGGUGGGGGGCAUAAUAAG